AUGAGCGUCAGUCUGCUGCUUCUCCACUGUCUGACAGGCUAGGGGAGGGAUAAGUCCCAUCUCAGGGGCGGACUGAAAACUCAUGGGGCCCCCAGGCAAUAGGGGAUCAUGGGGCCCGUGUCCUUGCCCAAACUCAUAAAAGCCUAUGAAAAAGGUACCGGGGGCAUCUCAUGGGGCCCCCUACUGACCCCGGGCCCUCGAGCAGCGCCCGAGUUUCCAAAUGGUCAGUUCACCCCUGCAUCAGCCCCACUCUUCUUUCUUCCUGGAUACACUGAAAGC